AUGCCUCCGCGCUUCACUCAUCGCAAGUCGACUACUGGGUGUCUCCGAUGCAAAGCCCGGAAAGUGAAGUGCGAUGAGCAACGCCCAGAUUGCGGCCACUGUACCCGCCAUGGCGUUACAUGUGAAUGGCCAACUCUAAAGCCACGGAUGUACGAUCCCGACAAGUCCAAGGCUGUUACCAAACGCUUGGUUCAACCCGGUCCCCGCCCCAGUCUUCCAUCCCCGGAGCUCGGGUCGAUGCGCAUCCUUGAGAUGAGACUGGUUCAUCAAUGGGUCACGGAAACAUGCAACACUAUGAGCUCCGCCAAAGUACCCGCAAUGGCCAAGAUGUGGGGUGUGUCAGUGCCAAAGAUGGCGUUCGAGUAUGAGCCCCUUUUGCACACUCUGCUAGCGUUGGGAGCCGCCCACCGUUCAACGCUCCUACCACAAGAAGCAAGCGCACUGCGCCCGGUGUAUCACGGAUAUAUUGACUCCGCAGUCCGGAAACAUCGGCCCGUUACGGCAAGUCUCGACAAUACUACCACCGACGCAGUAUGCUUUAACACCGUUCUUUUGUCUUUAUACACUUUGUUUCUCCGGUCGGAACCCUCCACCCUGCCUUAUGACCCACCAGUGAUGUGGCUCACUUUGGCUCAGGGCAUUCGCACCGUGAUUAAAUCUGCCUACGAAAAGUUGGUUGCGAACAAUUCCGCGUUGUGUCCCUUGCUUUUCGCCGCACCGGAUGUUUGGAGGAGCCCCGACCGCGAGCAACGUAUUUAUAACGGGCCUCUGAAACCGCUCCAAUUUCUUCUCCACUAUCGUCCCGAGGACGAUGGAAUGGACAAGGAGACAUUGGAAGUGUACGAAGAGGCGGUCGCAUAUAUAGAACGGUUUUACAUCGCCGUGCAGAAGGGCGAAGAGGACUACAUGCUCCGCAGAAUGUUUUGUGGGUUCCCUCCUGUGAUUCCACAAGCCUACAUUGCCUAUGUGGCUGCCAGAAGGCCUCGCGCUCUUAUUAUUCUGGCCUAUGCAUUUGCGCUGAUCCACGAACAUGAGGAUAUUUGGUGGCUUCGCGGAAUUCCAGCGCGGGAAGUGGAAGGAAUCAACGGUAUUAUUCCCGCUGAGUGGAAAUGGUUAAUGGUUUGGCCAAUGCAUGUCAUCGCGACUGGGUCGGCACAGGGUCAGGAAGUACCCAUACCUCGCACAAGUACUGUCUUGACGGGGAUGUCAACGCCGUGA